AUGUGGCUCAACAGUCGUGAUCUCUCAGGCGACGACGACGGCGCCUCCACACGCGACGGCAUGUGGGGCUUCGCCAGCUCGAGUCCUCCGUCGCACGGCACUAUCGGCGCCUCAGGCUCGCGCGCGCUCUGGAACCGCAUGGAACCAGCUGAAGAAGAGCGUGAGGAGGAAGCUUUACCCUCGUACUUGUCCUAUCUCCAGCCAACGUUCCGUCCAGCGCCCAGGACGGCCAGUACGCACGGACCCGCUACACAACCUGUGCCAUCCUUGUACGCGACGAAGCGCGGCGCACCGGGGCUUCCCGCGCCCUAUCCACCAAUUCAAGAACCCGUAGCUGCCACACGUGCUGUUGGACAAGUGGCGCGUAAGAGUUCUGAGCUUGCACAGGCCCUGGAGCAUCUGGUGCUGGGCACGGUGCACCGGCAUCUUGGAGACCGCCCGGCGUCGGAUAAUCAGGCUAGAUGCAGAUGCAACUGUGACACCAUGAGGACUCAGAUGCAGGAAAUGGCUAUACAGGUACAGAUGCUACAGAAUCAGGUGCUGGAGCUGACCAAGAACUCGAUCCCGACUGCUAUUGAGGUCGGCAGAGUGAACGUCAAUGCUGCCAGCAACGGCAACUGGAGCGCGAACGCGCCGCCGUUCGUGCCGAAGCAGUACAAGAGCUCGACGCCGCCGCCACCAUCGCCGACUGCAGUAGACCAGGCGACGGCUACAGUAUUGAGUGACAGAAUCUCGACACUAGAAGGCAGACAGAGCGCGUUCCAGUCGCAACUGGCGCAGAUCGCCAAAGUGCUGGGCAUCCCGACUGGGAAGCCUGGGAAACACAGCCCCGUGAAGCAUCUGGUACAGACGCUGCGUGAUGAAGUGGACGCCAAAGUGCAACAGGCCACGGCGGAUCUGACAGUGGAGAUCAGCGCUGCUCUUGGAGCAAACGGGGGAAUGGGCGCACAGGAGGCCUUAUCAUCCAAUGCGGUGCUAGCUGCUCUUGCAGGUGAACACGAGGCUUCAUUGGCGCGCUUAAGCGGGUCGUUCGAACAGUUGCUCGCAGAGGAGGCUCGACAGCGAGCAGCGCUGGAAUCUCGCGUACGCUCGCAGUUGAGUCAACAAGAAGAGUGGCUACAGCAGCUGGAAGGCGCAUUCGGAUCCCCGCACGAUCCGGAACACGAACAGGAACAUCGAAACAAAAACACGCGUGACGUGGACACAAAACUGGCGGCACUGGAGCGGAAAUGUGACGAGAGUCGAGAGCUCUGUAAGCGACUAGCGCGAUUACUGCCCGAACCAUCGAGAUCUAGACUCUCGUUGCGACGUGGAGACGAAGAUGUAGAGGAAGGAGUGAGCUGGCCAGGACACAUGGUAGGCAGAGGAUAA